UUCCUCCAUAUAAAAGAGAACGGUCUUCUAAUGGCAAAAGUCAGAACAGAAAUCGCCUUCCCCUUCGAAUCAACUUGUAUCAAAACUGAACUGUAACAUGAUUUGCAAAUUAUUUGCCAUCACUACUUUGCUGGCUGCUGCAACCGGCUGCUUUGGACAGCUUUCCGGUUCGGUGGGUCCGGAUUUCCAAGGAGGACACGACGUGAAACUUAACGGCAAGCAUGGUUUCGGUAAUGCUCACGAAAACGUGGUUGGAUCCGUGGGACUGAGCGGUAAUACUAGAGGUGGACCACCAACGGGUAACUUGGGAGUUGACUACAACAAGGGACCGAACAGUGCAGGAGUAUUCGGAUCACACACCCCGGGGCAGCAAAACACGGUCGGUGCUCACGGCAAUCUGAACCUGUUAAACACCAACAAAGACCGCUUGGAUCUCUCCGGAUCUGUUAGUAGAACUCACACGCCAACCCACGACAUUAACAAAUUCGGCACGGGGCUGAACUUCAACGAGCACGGAGCUUCCUUCAGCAAGAGCAACAUUCCCGGUGUUGGAUCGCAAACGCGGCUCGAUGGUACGGCCAAUUUGUUCAAAUCGGACUCCAACCGGUUGGACGCUAACGCGUUCAAAACAUUCCACAAAUUCGACAACGGUCCAUCGUUCGGUAGCCACGGUGCCGGGCUUGAUUGGAAUAACGCCCGUGGUCACGGUGCCUCACUUGGAUUCGAUAGGACUCCUGCGCUGAGGGAGACGAAUGUUUUCGCCACCGGAAAAGCAAAUCUGUGGCAAAAUCGGGGCAGCUCAUUGGACGCGUUCGGAACUGCUAGUAGAACACUGUCCGGACCGAACCGGGGCAGAAACAAUUUCGGCGCAGGACUUGGUCUGUCGCAUCGCUUUUAGACGAUCGGUUGAGUAGAGCGGGAGAAUUUUCAUUAAAGUUCCUAUUUGUAGUAAGCGAUAAAUUUAUCAUCAUUGAAUAAACGCACCCGUGAAAAAAUUAA